GUUCUCCAUCCCCAACUCUGCAAAUUUCGUUUCUACUGCUUCCUCUUUGCCGAUGGUUGAUUCGUUUCAGAUCGGAGAUGGAUAAGCAUGGCACAUAUCCACUGUGAUGGAAAGCUACAGAGAAGGACAAAGAAAGAGAGAUUCCCUCAAGUAAUUCAAGGGGAAUCCGAUCCCUUCUUUUCCAAAAGGCAGCUCACCAAAGCUUUUAUAAAGCAGAAUUCCAUUUUGACCGUCGCCCUCGACGCUGCUGCUUCUUCUUCGCCAAUGCCGCCCCGAAGGGCGAUCGAUGUCCGGUCCGGCGACCCGAACCCGCACAAAUGGCGCGUCCCCCUCACCGAAGACGCCUUCGAUUCUUUCAUUGCUCACGGCGGGGACGCUGCCCGAAAGGUGUUCGGCGAAGGUUCGCUCUUCAGCCCGUUACUGUUCGGCAAGUUCUUCGACCCCGGCGAUGCCUUCCCUCUGUGGGAGCUCGAGUCGGAACCGCUGCUCUCGGGCCUCCGGAGCACCUCCAAGACCUCCGUUGAUUGGUUCGAAACGGACUCCGAGUACGUCCUGAAAGCUGAUUUGCCAGCUGCAAGAAAGUGCGAGAUAGAAGUAUGUGGCCCGAAGGAAAAGGUGAUGGACAUCAGCGGGCUGUGGAGAGGGCGAGAGACGGAUGCAAGAGACUGGAAGAUCGGCCGCUGGUGGGAGCAUGGAUUCGUCCGCCGCCUGGAGCUGCCACAGGAUGCAAAUUGGAAGAAGAUGGAAGCCUACAUCACUGAUGACAUCUUACUGGAGAUAAAGAUCCCAAAGCAGACUUCUGAGAGCAGCAAGGUGCACGCGGUGCAAGCCAAGGAAUCAGAAUUCGUGUGAACCUACUGCGGUGGCAAUAAGUGUCAUCUACAAUAUAUAGCGGCGCUCUACGGAAAAUGAUGUAUAUGAUGAUGCUAUGAUCAUAGUAUAUAAUUUAUUAUGGUAUGAUAUUAAUAUUGCUCA